CACUCUUCAUCAUUCUUCUCUGUAUCCUCACGCCAGAGCACACUACACGCAUCUCGUCCUCAGUCGAUUUCUACAGCAAUGUCGCACGAAUACCCAGGCAUCAAUAUUGACCUGCGCUAUUAUAACAAUGAUGGACCUAUAUACCCUCUUGGUGCCCAUGGUAACUGCUUUGGCGCCGACUCGGAGCUUUUGCCUGUCCGCGAAGUAUUCAUGAUGGUAUUGAUGGACCGCUUGUCUGACAAAGUUGACUGGCACAAGAAGGUCUUCAACGAGGAGAUUGUGAGCAAAUGGCGGAAGGAGGCGCUGGAGCAACAUGAGGACAAGCUAUUCACACAAGUAGUUGAGGCCAGAGUUGGUGACAUCAAGGUUUCCAUGCCACGUGCACACAUCAUUUCAGCAGCUGCCUUUGACUACUGCAUCAAGGAGUUGAGGGAGAAAGCUGCCCACUUCGAGCGUACGGGCCUGAUCCCCACCCUCGAUUCUGAUGGCAAUACGAUUGUCAAGUCUGACACGAUUGUGACCCCGGAACUGCAGAAAGAGCUCCGCGCUGCAUUUGACCAGCUAAGGGCCGAUCAGGCGUCUGAUGUCGACUGGCAUCCACGCAGCGAUGAAAAGGUUCAGGACUUGGUUCACCCUUCCAUGUACCCCUUUAUCUAUGGAAAAUCGAACUUUUUCCAGGAAGAAGUUGUCGGGGUAUCCGACGCGAUCGAAUUGUGGGCUGGCAAGGGCGAACCUGCUCGGGCGGCACGCAAAAGAGAUUUACCUGAUCCUAACGUGUCAUAUGAUCAAGGAGGCAGUGGUAUCCCUUUUGAAUACUGGUCUGAUACGUAUCAAUGGCUGCCAGCGAACCUGGCUUUCCAAGAAGACGGGACUGUGAAGUUUACGAGCUACAUCAACAACCUCCAUCCAAAGAAAUAUCCUAGCAUCUACCGCACCAUAGAGAAGCUUAUUGACACGGCUAUUCCGGCAUGGGACCAGUUCCUGUCCGUACACGAUUAUAAACAAAAAACCCUCCCCCCAGUCGGGCGGCAAAAAUCGCGCUUCUCCGUGCCUGAUAGCGGCGAUGAUGAAGAUGAAGCAUUAUGGGAGCCAUAUAGUGCCGAAGUGCUAGCAGAGGAGAAUUAUGAGCUUACCGAAUCCGAUUGGGAGCAGAUUAGAGAGGAGAGACGGUACAAUAGCAGAGACGAAGAGCGCCAGUGGGGCGAAGAGAGGCCGGAGGACGCGGAAAGAGACGAGGAAGCCGACGAUGUUCGAGAUUUUAAAUGGAAACAGAUUCGUGAUCCAGUGCUCACCGAACCCGAUAGUGAGGAAAAAGUCAACUAUCUGUGCCAAGAGAGCAUUCGCCAAAAAUUCAAGGAGAGCGGGCUCCAAGUUAUUGUCAAGAUGGCUACCAUUGAGCUCACGCCUGAGAAGCCCGACUUCCCCAUGGGCGGCUGGCAUGUUGAAGGUCAAAUCAACGAGCGUAUCUGCGCCACAGCUCUGUUCUACCUUGACAGUGAGAACGUGACGCCCAGUCACCUGUCCUUCCGCAUGCAAACCACGUACGACCAAGACGAACUGCAGGGUAUUGCCGGCCAGAAUCAAUUCAACUGGCUCGAGCGUGUGUAUGGAACUCAGCUCAGCCAGUCAAGUGAUGGAGCGAGUUCCUGUCUCCAGCACUACGGAAGUGCCGAGACCCGACAGGGGCGUCUGCUUGCUUUCCCUAACGUGUUCCACCACAGGGUCUCCCCCUUCAAACUCCAAGACCCAACCAAGCCAGGCCACAGACGCUUCAUCGCGCUCUGGCUCGUCGACCCCCACCAACGCAUCAUUUCAACCGGCAACGUCCCACCACAGCAGCAAGACUGGUGGGCCGAGGCCGUUUUUGGCAACGGCGCAGACGCAAACACCGGCAACAUGCCGCCGGAGCUCUUGGAGCUGAUCGCGGAACGCGGCCCAGCUAAGAAGUCCCAGAAACAAGAAGGUGGCCAAACGGCGGACCGGAAGCUGCCGACUGAGAUUAUGGAGAUGGUGAGAGAGAAUGGGCUUGCGACGCAGGGGCUGAUGACGGUGGAGGAGGCGAGGCACCAUCGCGAGGAGCUGAUGAAUGUUAGGAGUCGGUUCCAUGAGAAGGCGGAGCAGGAGUGGGAGGGUGUCGAGUAUUUCUUCUGUGAGCACUAGGUGUGCUGAAUGACGGGCUUUGUGAGAUAUUGGAGGCUUGCUGGAAAGGUUUUCGGUAUUGUUUCUUCCAACACAGACUGUACUGAGGAAUAUGCAGAGAAAUAGUUACAUUGGAGGCUAUUCUUGCUAAUGCAUGUUCUAUCUAUAUUUUUGUUACAAGUUGACUAAAUCAAUGUGCUGAUACAGUCCGAGAGCGGUGACUUUUGGGGAGUGGACGUGAGGGGGAUGCCGGACCACAAUCCAGACAAGACAUCUAUAUAUAAUAUCUAC